AUCAAUCGAUAAACAACUAGCGAAAGAAAAACCACUCCGCAAGUAGCAACCGUCCGUCGCGUGAGUGAUCUACGUCGCUUUUGUCUUUGCAUUGCAAAGAAAUCGGUUAAAAUUCGGUGAAGGUUGUACGACAGAGAAGAGAUAAAUCCUUCGACUGGUAGUGAAAUCAUUGAAUAGCUUACGAGUGAUGCAAAUAAUCCGACCACCGAUGGCGGAAAACGUCGCGAGUGUCUGAAAAAUCCUUUCCCAUGUUCGAUCCUUAGUGGGAGUGGAAAAUCAAUUUUUUUUCACUUAGUGCGUAGGUCCGCUCCAGUGCUGUUACUCUUGGCUGUGCGGAAAACUUGUCCCCUCUUAGUUCCUUCGACCAGAAGGCAGCACGGAAAAUGCAAAUUUGCGAAAUGAUGGCAGCUCCGUAGCGGCCCAGGGUUUUGCAAUUGCAAAGUAGUGAUUGGAAGUGGUGGAAUUUUAUGGGCUGUAAUAAAAUUGACGUGACGUGAUUUGCUGUGAAGUUCUCGGUAGUGAAUUCUCCAGUGAAAAUGGUUGCUCGCACAACUUGUGAUAUUUCGGAAUAAGGUGUCCUAGGCGAGCAAUGAGAAGCAGUUGAAGGAUUUUCCAUUCAUUGGAACACGGAACGGAAUCGAACCCAGCAAGAUUUGCCUACAUCAAGCGGGGAGUAGACGGCAGAGAUUGUCACUAUUCGCAGAGCAGUACGAGGGUAUAGCGGAAGACAUUGGCGUGAAAAACAUCGUUGAAGAUCAUUGAAUGACUCAUGGAAUUUAGAUCUUAAAUUCCUUCGUAUGUCAGAGCAUCAAAACCGCCAGAACGGGAAGUUUGUGUUGUCGCAGCAGAAUCAGUGUCUCCGAACUAAUCAUCAUCAUUCUAAUCAGCAUCAUCACCAUCAGCAACAGCAAGCUCCGCCGUCGGUCGGCAGUAAUCAUCAUAAUCCACCGGCUCGUCGCUAUUUGCAGCAGUUCCAAUCCCAGCAGAACUCACCCAUCCGCCGCCCAUUGGCUUCCAACGCAAACUUCUGGUCCAAUAGUAAUAAUAAUAAUAACAACGGCAAUGCACCUCAAACAACACCGACCGGACCGGCAGCUCCCGGUUUCUACCCUGGUGAGUUACAUCAACAUCAUCAGCAUCAACAGCAACGGCCACAGCAACAUCAGCAGCAGCAUCCCGUCGACGGUGUUGAUCUAAGCGAGGAGCAUCUCAAAACCAACGUACAGAUUGUGCUGGACAAUAUCAAUCGAAACUAUCAUGCUCUGCGGGAGCAGAUUCUGAGCAAUCAUUUUGUGAAAAAUAAUAACAACAACAACAACAAUAAUAACAAUCCUAAUAACGGCAGCGACGGCUUCGGCACCCAUCAGGAGGCUAAUUUAGUUCUGCUACAGCGCCUGCAGAGUGUAAGUGAGCAGUUGAAGAAGGGAGGAGCGAAAAUGGCCAGUCCCGAUUCGGAUACCAAUUGCAAUCCGUACAUGGCGGUGCCACCGCCGCUUAGCUGUUCGAUCGCUUCGUCACAGGACUUCAGCCAUGACUAUUCCGACUAUCAGUGGUUUAUGGAUUAUGGCAGUAGCUACCGUGAUGGCAUCACCCAUCAGAGUAUCCUGUCGGCUCUGUCGGCUUCCUACAACGGAAUCGGUGAGUUGUCGUACUAUGAAGAUCUGGCGAAAAACAUCGACGCCAAUCUGGCCGAAGUGGACAUGGAAAGUUUUCGCACGGAGGAUAUCCAUUCGCUGUUGACUACGUUGCCCACGCUUUGCAGCGAAAGUGCCGAACUGCGGCGGGCCCGAAACAACAACCGUGGCGAGAUGAUCGGAUCGGGUGAAGGCGGCUGUCACGGUACGGGACAUGGAACGGGUCCGGAUAUGGAUAAUUCGAUCUGCAAAUCGGAGCUACUGUUUUCGCCGGUCAAGGAGUCCCACAUCAGUGUGGAUUCGUUGGAUAUGGAUGGCUAUCCGGACGAUGACGAGAUCAUACUGACAUGUCAGGCGAACAAGAACAACUACACGAUUGCUUUCGAGCAUAGUGUGCUGUAUUCGGAUGAGAGUUUUUAUGAUGGACCGGAAAACUACGGCAAAUAUAAGCUGAGCAAUCUGGACCAUAUUAUCAGGAGGAAGGCCCAGGAAACGGCAAUGUCCGUUUCGGAGGUUGGAUACACCACUUGGAGUAAUCUCAGGAAGAAUGGACCCGCUCAAAGAUUUUCACUGGCAACAACCAACCCGCUGAUCAAUCAGAUAUCCCGUCAUGCACCGACCUGUUUCGUGCGCAAAAGUCUUAGCAUGCCGGAUCUGAAGGAAAAAUGUGACCUUCUAUCAACGGGUGCUGCUACGGCUAUGGCUGCUGGUGCGAUAGUCGGUGGUGAAGCAUUUGAAGACGACCGAUUUAGCAAGGAUACCCAACAGCAUCAUCAUCAUCAACUGAAUGUUUCACAAGCGGCCAAUAACCAAACCGUACCCUCGGGAGAAUCCUACGGUAAACAGAUGCGUACGCUGUUGCCAAUGUAUCCGAUUCCGACGGACGACGGUAGCGAGUGUCCCGCCCCGUUGAAGGAUUCUAGCUUGAACAACAAUGAGGAACAGUCGCAGAACCAACCGUCGUUCAAUCUGGUCAAACUAUUCAUCAAGCAGAAAAGCAGCUCGACCGACACCUGCAUGGACGUUUCGUCCGGUUGUUGGCCAAGUGAUUCCACCAACAGUGCAUCGGGCGGGGAGAACAACAACAACAGCAACACGAACCUGGCGGUGACCAACUGCAAGGACCGUACUCGGAAGAAGAGUAUGAACGAUUCGGGAAAGUGUUCCACCCUGGGCCGGCAUGACGAAGAGGACUUCCAGUUCGAUAGUCUGGAUGCACAAAUCAAUAACAAUAAUAAUAACAACAACAACGGUAACACCGGAACGACCGAUACAACGGCGACCGGUCAGGACGGACGAACCAAACUGAAUGAUUUCAAUUCGCCAGUUCACAAACGGAACUAUAAAGCUUACAAUCUGAAUAUUGCCAAUAAAAAUCAACCGGCCGUCAAUCCGGUGGUGUACAAUCUGAUGAACAACAACAACAACAGCGGAAGUGUCAGCACCAGUAUUACCACUAAUAGUACCAAUAAUAACAACAACAACAACAACAAUAGCUUUAAGGACACCAACUCGGAUGCUAGUCGCACGUCGGAGAAUCUGACUCAAAUUUUCAACAACAGUGGCAAUAAUAACAGCAAGGGUUCGAAAACGAAAAUUCCGAUCGAGAUGAUUACCAAAUCGAUGCAGACUUCCUUCAUCGGGACUGCUAGCUCCAAGGAAAAGGUACGCGUGAUUCCGCCAUCGUUUCUGGAUCGACUGAACAAGCUGGGAGACAAGCAGAAGGCUCCCGUCUUCGUGGUGUAUCCGAACUACGUUUUGCCGGACCUUGGCUUCCUAAAUACACAAAACGAUGUCGUCAUAUCGCCGAUCGCGUUCAAAGAACACUACAGCCAGCGGACGCAGCUGCGCAAGCCCCGUCCCGUUUCGAUGAACGAUAUCGAAAACAUGAAAGCGAAGGAGUACAAACAUGUGCUGGACUGGAAAUCGUUGAUUACACUGCUACCGCAGGAAUACCGCAAACUGUUGAGGAACAUUCCGGAAGCGAACGUGAUCAGUUCGGCUGAAGAUGCGGCACCCCAGAAGCCACUCUUCUGUAUGACCCCGCCGUUGAGACGUGGCCGGGGAGUGACCUGUGAUUGUGUGAAUAUUUUGAAUACUCAGACCUACAAUAGUUCAAGUUCCGGAGGCAGUUCUAGUCAGCCACCGAGCUCGGGAUACCGUGGAUCGUCUACGAUGUUAACCGACUCGGAGUUGGAUCUUCUAGGUCCGAAUGCGGGAAGCGGUGGUUUCAACAACAAUCUGUACGUAUAUCAGUAUGACAGUCCGGCCGAGGUUGCCUCCGCUGAACGACCACCUUCGGGACGGGUGGCUCCGAAAGGCAUCCUACGAAGAACAAACCCUCAAAGGCCAUCGACUAAAACUAAACGAAACAGUAUGUUUGAAGAAAAUCAGAAAUCAAAACCGAACGUGGAGAAACGACGUUCCCUGCAAGAACCGUGCUACAAUUUUUCGGAGGAGAACUUGAUUCUGGAGGAUUCGAUAAACGAACUGUCCGCCGGGGGUGGUUCGAAGAAGGUGAACAAUUCACCGAACAUGUCCCAGCACCAAACCCGUCUUCCGAAUACUCCCAAACUUCCGUCAGCCGACGAUUAUCAUCGGUUGAACAAGCUAAACGAAUUGAAUGAUCUCGAACUGAACAAGGCUGUUAGUAGCAAGCUGAAUCGAGCUCAGCAUCCGCAAUCCUUCGAGGACGAUUUGGAGGCACGUCUCCGAGCAGAGCAUUUCCUUUCGAACGUUCCCAAAUCGGAACUGAAACAUUACGCCGAGCUGGCCCACGUAUUGGAAACGACCACGGCUGAGAGUGCCACCGGGCAGCUGGAGGAAAUAUACGACCGCACCCGAUUGAGGCAUGAAGUGAGCCGAGCACUUGCACAGCGAAAGAAUGUGUCAUUUAACCGAAACACACCGCCGGUUAAUACGACUCCGGUUCGGCAGCAGCAGCCACAGCCGCAGCAGUUACUACGACCAACAGACAUCAAAUUUUCGACACCUCCCAAUUCGCCGAACAUGUCGGUAACGAUGGCACAGAAACCACCGCAGAAGCCACUCGUCUCACCGACCAGUACCGAACGCGAGAAGCAGGACAAAAUUCAAUCCAAUCGGUUCAAGCGGCUGCAAAUUCAGUGGGAGUUGCUGAGCAAGGAAAGUCAUCAGCUGAAGCAAGACUUGCAGCAUCCGCGUAGCGGAGGCAACACGCCGACGACGGCAAUGAAAUCCAAAAUUCCUCGGCCCGUUAGCUAUCCGACAACACGGGCAAACUCCGAUCCGGUGGUAAGCAAAACGCUUCGAUCUCCAAGCCGGAUUGUUCCGCCGAAAAAAUAUACCGGCGGUUCAACGGCCAAUGUAGCAACGGCGUCACCCCAGCAGCAGAUUACAUCUCCACCCACUCCGGCACCGCGAACUCCGAUUAAGUUGCUACACACAACACCGAAGAAGACCGCCGCUGCCGUCGGUACGCCCAGGCCAGCAACCCGUACACGGAUACCACUAGGUGCGGAUCAGAACCAAAGUAAAUUUACUGCGACGGCAAGGACGACAGCGACGGCAAGGACGACAGCGACGACACCGGCAAAAACGAGCAGAACCACUAGUGUGAAAACGCCUUCUGUUGCCGGUGCAGGAAAGGUACUGUCAAAGACGACAGUGACGGCUUCCAACAGACUGAAAGUGGUACCCUUCAAAGUCUGAAUUCAGGUUCUUCGGUCAUCAGAAACCGUAAGUACAGUUCCCGUUUCGUUUGUGCGUCCUCGUCUGUUUCCGGGAUAAGGAUGGUUGGGGGUUUUGUGCGGGGGAUCCGCCCUCCCCCGGCCAUAUCUCUGUACAGUAAGAUUAGUGAAAGGUUUAAAUUUAAGAACUGAAAGUGAUUUGCUCCUUUUUUUUGCCCUACUCCUUUUGGCACAGUCAAAGUAGUGAAUUUUUGUUUUGUAUAAAGUUAGUAACCGAGACGGAAAAAUCGUACUGAAUAUGCGAGCGAGAAAAAAAAUGCUGUGGUGAGUAGCGUAACUCACACACACACAAACACAGAAUACAUUCAAUACACCGACAUUCAACCAAAACUCUUACGCGCGCACGUAGCCAUAUAUUUCAAAACACUCGCGUUCAAACAUAAUCGAUGUAUAAAUCCUGUAUCGGAAUGUUGAUGGUAACCGGUUCCGAGUGUUGCCGACUAAACGACAAAAGAGAAACCAGAUGUGAAUAUUUUCUGUUGUAGUUUCGUUUCGCUUACAUUCUGUGUAGCUUCAACUACCAAACUAUUUUUUUACUCAUAUUAAACACAGUAAAAACAGAAGAAAAACGCAAAGAAUUAAUCAAAUCAACAAGGUAAUGUGAAAUAUAUAUACACAUAAAUUGCAUAACUUUAAUAUAAAUAUAUAGAACAGAAAAAAAAGCUUAGAAGGAAAAGCAGAGUUGUUGAAUCGCUAAUUCGUACAGAAAGAGAGAGAGAGAGAAAAAAAAAUUAAUAAAUGCUUAUACACAUCAAUUAUAUUAUACACGCAGUUAAGGCAAAUUCGAGUAGAAGGCAAGCAUAAUCCAAAACAGCUAAGUCAUUAAAUUUAAGAUGCGUUUAUAUUACAAUAAAAAAUGGAAGGCGCUUUGUAUUGUAUUGUAAUACAUUUUGGAACUUGGAGUAGGUUAGUUAUGGACUUGGCGUGUGUGCGAUAAUUAGAAUUACUAGCAAUAAUAGUACACUAGUUAUAUUGGUUUUUAAUUUGUUUGUGUUAUUUCUUUUUUUUGUAAAGGUUUGUCACCAAUUCAUAUUUAUUUGUCCCUCGAACCUGAAAAAUUCUUUUUUUGCUAAAAAAAAUCUACUCAAUCUGACGAUAUUUUUUUUGUUGUCAUAAAAAUUAGAUAUGGAUUUCGUUGCAAAUUUCGGUAACAAAUCAGAGCAACGUGCCACCAGAGCCUUCUGAGGUUCUGAGCCCAAACCCUUUGCUGGGUAGGUUGUUUAACUAGUUGUACGUUUUCCACAAUGUUUAUACUGACGCUUGGUUUUACAGGAAUUCAAAAUUAGAACCCAGCUUAUUGAAAAAUUGCUGUCACCGUCAGUCGUUUGACAAAUGUGCCAUGUUUUCAACUGUUUUUUUUUCUCUGGGCUUACGGCAGAUCUGUGUUUAGUCUAGCCUUUUUAGCCAUAUUCUAUCACAAAUAACGAAAUGACUCGAAUCAAUCGAAACACCUUUUCUCGAUUUAGUGAAAUAACGCUUGAGUCAUUUAGUAUCUGGACGCAAAAAUCUGACUCAUAUAGGAAGGUCAUUUCCACCAUUCAUUGAGUGGUAAACAAACUGUUGUCAAAACAUUCCAAAUCCGACAACUAGAAGCGCCACAGUAAAACGGUUUCGAGAUAUUAAAUGAUUCAAACUUUAGGCAAUCGAAAAUUCUCACACUUUUUAUGCCUAGCAUUCUUGUGCAAUCCCGUCCCUGCGCGGGGAAGAUGAAACAACGUACAGCGAAUUAUUUAUUUACGUUAUGAUUAGAACUUCGAACUCAACGACCAUUUUGUUUGUCCCAUCUUGCACAUCCUCUCCUACAACGCAUCCAUUUUUGUCACUCAAAGAAGCAAAAGUGCCAUAGGAAUUCGAGCGUUGCGUAGCAACGUCAAUUUGUUUGUUUAUUUUUUCCACCACGCGAAACCGAGUAACCCGAGUAAGUACCUAACCCCGACCUGUCGGAUGCAUGUUUUGCUUUUUUUUCGAUCGAACCACAACAAUCGGGAUUACGCUUGCUACUCCACCGAUGAGUUGCUUAUGGUUGUUGUAGUAGAAAAUGAAACGGGAGACUAAUCUAGUGCAAACGAUCUCCUGCUUGAUUAGCUUCAUAAUUAAACUAGUGGUUUUUUUGUGUUUAGUUCACACGCCGGAAGUCCCGAAUGCUCGUAGUUAUUAUGUUUCAGCUUCGUGUGCGAGGGCAUUCAUACACUGAGAAAUAAAAAAAAAAAACAACAACAAAACAAAACAUUUAUGACAGAUGUUAUCGCAGCAUGCUGAGCAUUGCAAAACACACAGAAAAAAAAAUAAGUGAAGUAAAACCUGUAUAACAAAUGUUACAGCAGAGUUAGAAUUCGUAGAAAUCAAAAAGCCUAUAUUUACUGAAGUCCAAAUAUCACAUCAAGCAAGCCAGAACAAGACAAGAAUCAUGCUUAAUUUGAGCACAUUAGUGUUUAAGAAUCGAUCGCAUGUUGAAUUGCGUUGGUGUUGCUUAAUCAGUGAUCAUUAGCUUCGUUUUGCGUCGGUUGUGUUUGGCCCACUACUCUCAGUAGCUAGUUAAUUUAGCCGAUAAAUUUUCCUUACUCGCUUAGGUGAUUUCAAAAUAUACAUCAAUUGACCAAAACGACAUCCCCGCUUUCGAUUGAAGUGUGUCUUUCCUCAAAUCCUAUGAUCGAAAAGGAUCUCUUAUAAUAAGGUCCUUUCACAUCAUGGGAAGGCUAUUUCCCAAUCAAUCUCUGCCGCAGAAUCAAAUACAAAAAAAAACUUCAAACUUAUAGAACAAAACAAAAAAAAAUAUAGGCUUCGCAAUGUAUUUUUUUUCCAUUUAGCCCGCUUGCAUUAUUGAGACUCUAUUAUAUAUAUACACACUCGUAAACACAUAUUAAAGGAACAUAUUACAUAUACAAUUUAGAACAUUAUCGUUAGACAAACAAAAUGGUAACAAAACAAAACAAAAACAAAAAAAAACACAAACGCAAGGCAAGUUAAAAUUAUCCUUGAUGAAACAAAUCAGAGAUUAAAUACUUUGAGAGAAAAGAAUAAAAGAUAUUAUUGUCUAAAA